AUACCAGAAAGCUCUUCCUCUCAUUAACAACUUCUGUAGCAGUUGUGUUCAGUCAGGCACCAAACAGUCCUUUCUUCUGUAUCUCGGAUUUGCUGUUUUUCUUCAACGCUCAGAGAUCGAGGAGAGGCAGUGUCACUUUAUAUUUUUGCUGAUGUUGUUGAUGGAAAGUCACACACAGAAUUUUUGAAGAUGGAAAAAGGAUACCCCCCACAGGAGUCUGCUCCCCCCUACCCUGGCCCACCCCUGAAUUAUCCAGGUCCAAUGUCGCAGCCAGGGAUGUACCCUCAGCCAGGGAUGUACCCUCAGCCAGGAACAUACCCCCAACCAGGUUUCUCCCCAUCACCUGCCCCUCCUACAUACCAGGGAGGUGUUGCUUUUGCUCCGGUCCCAACUGCACCUGCACCUGUCACAACAGUUACUCAUGUGGUAGUAACACCAGGCCUACAUGACAUGCCGGGACAGACUGUGUGCCCCCAGUGCCAGCAGACUGUGAUCACCAAAACGGAGCACACACCAGGACUGUUGACCUGGGCAAUAUGUGCAGGCCUCGCCGUCUUCGGGUUUUGGCUGUGUUGUUGUAUCCCUUUCUGCGUUUAUUCCUGUCAAGACGUGGAGCAUCGCUGUCCAUCCUGCCACAGAAUCAUCUACGUGUACAAGCGCAUGUAAAACUAUACUCAGACUCAGACGUUAAAAAAAGAAUAAAUCUAAU